AUGGGCGACUGGAAGAGCUUCAUCAGCGCGGUGCUGCGGGACCAGCGCAUCGACGACGUGGCCAUCGUGGGCCACUCCGACAAUCGCUGCGUGUGGGCAUCGCGGCCAGGGGGCCUACUGGCUGCCAUCUCGCCGCAGGAGGUGGGUGUGCUCACGGGUCCCGACCGGCACACCUUCCUGCAGACGGGGCUGAGCUUGGCAGGCCGCCGCUGCUGUGUCAUCCGCGACUACCUACUGGCGGAGGGCGAUGGCGCGCUGGACGCGCGCACAAAGGGCCCCGACGGGCGCGCCAUCUGUGUCGGCCACACGCCGCGCGCGCUCCUCGUGCUCAUGGGUCGGCGCGGCGUGCACGGGGGCAUGCUCAAUAAAAAGAUGCACGAGCUGAUCUGCGGGCUGUGCAAGGAGGGCAUAUAG